UUGUCUACUCGUGAGACGAACUCCAACAAAGUAAGCAGGACAACUGACAUAUUUGAUUAUUGCCCAUUCGAACCUCCUGACCCAUGGGACAAGUCGAUAUUGAAGCAUAUGGAUGUCAAAUAUGGAUAUCUGAGGGACUGUACCCCAGACCAGAGCUUGUCGCCGGUCACGGAUCUUGAAAACGGCAAAGUGUUUUUGAAGAAAGGACAAAAAGAUUUUGUUUGCCGAGCCUGGCCAACAACAGAGACUCAUCUCAAUCCCAAAAAUAAUCCGGACGUCGUUUUGAUGGUGAUUGACUCCGUGGCUUCAACGCAACUGAUAAGAGCUCUGCCGAGGACGGUGAACUUUCUAUUGCACGGAAUGGAUGCCAUAGAAUUCCGGAAGUUCAACAAAGUCGGAUCUAACAGCAGACCGAAUGCGUUCGCGGCGUUGGUAGGAAAAACCACGGAAGCAAUAACAAGAAAAAUGAUGAACUUGCCCACAGUACCAGCAGACUUGACCUAUGAUCAGUACUGCAGACAUUAUCUCGACAAUGAAUCCUAUAUUCCAUUGAUGUACCAAAGAGCUGGAUAUAAGAUGUUCGGCGCUGAAGACUAUGUGUCUAGUAUUCUGAAUUACCCGAAUUGCCUUGGAACGAAAACAAGGCAAUUUCAACAUUCGUACAGGCCACUUCACACGAGGCUAAAUAGAGACAAACACAUGGGGAAUGUUCAUCUGAAAGGAUCUUGCAGACUGGUGCAUAACAACAUGCUGGACUACCUCGGACAUUAUGUGAAUGCGUAUGAAGGAUCACCCAAAUUCUCGCUUACGUGGCUUGUCGACCUGGCACAUGACAACACCAAACUGUUAUAUCGUAGCGAUUACGACCUGUACGACUUUUAUCUCAAGAACAGAGAUGCGUUGAACAACUCGUUUAUAUUCUUCUUCGGUGAUCAUGGACCGCGAUUCGGA